UCAAUCGCUACGGAGAUUCUAUGGGUUCACUAGCACAUCGAGCGCUCCUACAAUAUGUGGAUACUAAUGACCUAUCUGGUUUGCGCGCUAUCUUAGAUAGUCGGCAUUUAUCCGUCGAUGAUCGUGAUGAGAAUGGCACCACUGGACUUAUGGUUGUUGCUGGACGUGGCUUAACUGUUUUUGUGCGCGAAUUCUUGGCUCGCGGCGCAGAUGUCCAAGCUGAGGACAAUGACAACUGGACCGCACUGCUGUGCGCGGCCAAGAAUGGUCACUUCGAUAUCGUACAGCUGCUUAUCGAUCAUGGUGCUGACAUUGAGCAUCGUGAUAUGGGCGGUUGGACGGCACUAAUGUGGGCUGCAUAUCGUGGUCAUACCGAUCUGGUGCGCUUUCUGCUAGAGAAAGGCGCAGAUGUGAAUGUACAUGGCAAUUACCAUCUGGGUCCCCUUCUGUGGGCAGCUGGUCGUGGGUUUAAGGAGAUCGUUGAGCUCUUGGUGCAGCGCGGUGCUAAAGUGAAUGUGGGCGACAAGUAUGGCACGACUGCGCUUGUGUGGGCGUGCCGCAAAGGUAAUGCUGAGAUUGUCGAUACGCUGCUGAAAGCCGGGGCUAAUGUCGACACGGCGGGCAUGUAUUCGUGGACGCCGCUGCUGGUGGCCACUUCAGGCGGACAUACUGACUGCGUGACGUCGCUGCUGGAGAAGCGACCAAAUGUGAAUGCAUUGGACAAAGAUGGCAUGACGGCGUUGGCAAUUGCGAGUCGCGAGGGCUUCCAGGAAAUAUGCGCUUCUCUAAUCGCUGCUGGCGCCUAUAUCAACAUUCAAGAUCGCGCUGGCGACACGCCCCUCAUACACGCCGUGAAGGGUGGCCAUCGAGGUGUUGUUGAGGCAUUACUAAAAAAGCACGCUGACGUCGAUAUUCAAGGCAAAGACCGCAAAACGGCUAUCUACACGGCGGUGGAGAAGGGCCAUGUGCACAUCGUCAAAAUACUCCUCUCCACCAAUCCCGAUCUCGAGGCGGCGACCAAAGACGGCGACACUGCUUUGCUGCGCGCAGUACGCAACCGCAAUUUGGAAAUCGUACAAAUGCUGCUCGAUCGCAAAGCGAAGGUGACGGCGAGCGACAAACGCGGCGACACCUGCCUACACAUUGCCAUGCGCGCUCGGUCCAAGGCGAUCGUUGAGGCAUUGCUGCGCAACCCGAAGAACAGUCAGCUGUUGUAUAGAGCAAAUAAGGCCGGCGAGACACCAUACAACAUCGAUACCAUACACCAGAAGACCAUACUCGGACAGGUGUUUGGGGCGCGGCGCUUGAACACAAAUGAAGACUCUGAGGGCAUGCUCGGCUACGAGCUGUACUCAUCUGCUUUGGCCGAUGUACUGAGCGAACCAACACUGACCACGCCCAUCACAGUGGGUCUGUACGCCAAGUGGGGCAGCGGUAAGAGUUUCCUGCUAAAUAAGCUGCGCGAUGAGAUGAACAACUUCGCACGCCAGUGGGCGGAGCCGCCCUUCAAGACUAGCGGUCUAAUGUUUCUUGUAAACCUGCACAUAGCUCUGGUGCUUGCCACCAUUGUCGGCUUGUCGUCCUGGUCUGCCAUGUGGGGCACAAUAGCAGCGGUGCUAUACCUAGUUUUAACCUACCUCCUGCUCGCCAGUAUUAAGUACGCUAACAACCACAUGGACGUCUAUUGGGCCUAUUCGGUGCAACAUGGUAUUAAGAAGCGCAUAGGACGCCUGCGUCUCAUCCUACAGGUGGCGUUUUGUCACCCACCCGGCGCGCAAGCAGACGCCCAAGCGAAGCCGGUACGUUUUCACUUUGCGGAGGCGAGCAGCGCAUCGCCGACAGGAGAGGGCGCCGUUACGCAUAUGUUGGCCGCACUUUUCGAGGCCAUCGAGUCGCACUAUGGCUGGCUAUCGACACGCUUGUAUCGGGCCUUUCGGCCCAAAGCGGUGAAGGCGACAUCUGGUUGGCGCUGGCGGCGCAUGUGCUGUAUGCCAAUUGUGAUUAUCUUCGAACUGGGUUUGUUAACGCUUAUAACGGGCAUAGCGCUGGUAGUGGCAUACUUUACGUACGCCACAGAUAAGGAACAAGAACGGAUGCUCGUCUCGAUUUACGUCAUUUGCGCGGUGUUGGUGUCCAUUGUCUGCACGAACUUGCACAUACUGGCCAAGGCGUUUGGGUCGCUGUUCAUUUCGCAGGGUCGGCAUUUGAGGAAGUCGGUGCGGCAUAAUGAGGGUGCGCCACUGACAGCACUGGGAACGGAAGUGGCUCUGAUGACCGACAUGGUUAAGUGCCUCGACGCGUUCACGAACCAACAAAGCCGGCUUGUAGGCGUGGUGGACGCCUUGGACUCCUGCGAUACAGAGCGCAUUCUCUCGGUGCUUAAUGCCAUUCAAACUCUGCUCUCCUCCCCAAAUCGCCCCUUUGUUGUACUCAUCGCCGUCGACCCGCAUGUGAUCGCUAAAGCAGCCGAGGCUAACAGUAGACGUCUCUUCACCGAAGGCGGCAUCGGCGGACACGAUUUUCUGCGUAACCUCAUUCACUUGCCAGUGUAUUUACAAAACUCGGGCUUAAGGAAAGUGCAACGCGCCCAAAUGACCGCAAUGCUCUUCAAGCGUAACUACAGCGAAUUUCCCAACGAAGAUGGCCCGACACUGGGACAUUCAGUGUCGGCUCGUCGCUUGUCGAACGCAUCAGAAAUUAUGUCCAGCCAAGAAAAAUUACGUACGUCCCAUAAUCCGGGGGGGCGCAGUGGUGGAAAGAAAUUACGUUUGUCCGAAUCGGUGGCCAGCUCGAUCGGCUCGAACCUGCAUCGGCUGGGACAGAACCCGCAGGGGGUGCUUGAUCUGUCGCGCAUGAUGCUAACCGACGACUACUUCAGUGACGUGAACCCACGCAGCAUGCGGCGACUCAUGAAUGUCAUUUACAUAACAGUGCGCCUGCUGAAAGCAUUCCAGAUAGACUUUAGUUGGUAUCGCUUAAGUUCGUGGAUAAACUUGACAGAACAGUGGCCGCUGCGUGCCAGCAUGAUUGUGUUGCAGCACGACAACUUCAUGGACUCAUAUGACGACAAUUUGCCACUGCAAGCUGUCUAUGAAAAAGUGCGCCCAAAGAUUGCUUGUCUACGCGAAGCUGCACCGCUGCUCGAACUCGAUCGGGACGAGCGCAAGCUGGACGCCUUUUUGCAGUUGCAUAAAUCGGAUUUGCUCGUGGCGGAUUUGAGAAUAUUCCUGCCAUUUACAAUUAAUCUAGACCCAUACUUGAGAAAAGUAUUAAAAGAGGAUCAGCAAUCGAUCGAGGACGAAGGCACACUUGUGCUACAAAACAAGCCGAGCGUUAACCCUGCCGUACGCAUACCUCCACCAACGCCUACGUAUGUGCCUUCACCAGCUGCUUAUCCACCGUAUCAGUUGUUCCACAACGAUUACGAGUUGAGACAGCGAAACGCCAGCACGAUCUCCGAAGCGGCUUUGACACCGUUGAUCGGUUCUCCGAGUGAAUCUUUUGCAGAUGACGUUCUACAAACAAAACUUUCCGACCUAACUGUCGAAGGCGUCAUAAGUUUAAUAGAACGAGUCGACGAUCUGCGUCCCGCUUUACCCAAACUAUCGCCGAUCCUCAAAGAGAACGCAAUCAGUGGGCGAGUACUGAAAUACUGCGAUAUAAGCGACCUAAAAGCAGUUUUAGGACUCAAUUUCGGUCACUGGGAAUUGUUCCGACUGCUUAUAAAUACGCUGCGCGACUGUGAGAAAAUGCAACGCAAAUUCAAGCCAACACCUGCGAUAGCCGAUGUGCCAGCUGCUAACACGGCGGCGCCUAAAGACAACACAGAUUCACAUACGUUGGCACCUAAUCAACCGCAUUCGCGUAAAAAUUCCACCACCAGCCAUAUGGAAAAGCAGCCAAAAGUACACGAUUAUGAGUAUCUGCAGGUAAAAAUCACUAAAAUUGAAUUUCAUUCAUAA